UUGACGCGCUCAACCAAUAGCAGCGAAGAAUCUAAGACGCGAUUUCAGAGAUUUCACGGAUUGGAGCUAUAUAUACAACCUCCGACACAACAUCGUCGGAGCCGCGGUUCCCCAGGCAUAACACCUAGCCUGGCGGAAGAUCUUCCCUUUGGUGGCGGUCGAGCCGAAUCAUCGCUCCCGCUACAUUGGUGACCCCGACGUGAUUGGAAGUAACCUUCUCCAUCAUCAUCAACUCCAAUCCUCAGCAUCACUCCUCACUCUGCAAGCAGUCUCACAGCAAGUCAGCAACUGGGUAUCGCAGCAGGUCCAUUGCAGCCAACGCAACGAGCUUCCUGGUCCUGUCUCCACCCGCACUCACUCUCAUCGCCUUCAGCGACCGACGCAUCUACCGCAGCCCACGCCUGGAUCUCUUCGACGGCCUCUCUUCUCUCCAGCGUGGCAGCUCUGCACGAUAUCUACCGGCGGCCAACAAGUCGACUUCGCUCUCUACUGUCUCGACUCACCGCAGACUACGAGCAACGCAACGGCUCACUCCUGACUCACUAGGACUUCGUGCAACUUCCGACUCACUGGUAGACAACUGGCACUUGCAAGCUACCGAAGCACAGAUUGCACAGCAAGAUCAAGACUUCAGACCUCCGGUCUUUGGGGGGAGUACUGUGGCGACAUCUCUACGCCACUCGUCACAACAUCCAAUCAAACAACUACUGUCAAUCAUAGCGAAGAAAUUGACGCGCUCAACCAAUAGCAGCGAAGAAUCUAAGACGCGAUUUCAGAGAUUUCACGGAUUGGAGCUAUAUAUACAACCUCCGACACAACACCGUCGGAGCCGCGGUUCCCCAGGCAUAACACCUAGCCUGGCGGAAGAUCUUCCCUUUGGUGGCGGUCGAGCCGAAUCAUCGCUCCCGCUACACACAUAAAUGUAAAGUAGUUAGGGAAUACCGCGUGUGGAUCAUGUUGGCUUCCUUCCACAUGUGGCUUGUAUGGGUCAUUGUUUAUUCUUCGCAAAUUCAUCCAAUUCAGGGCCCAAUUUUUAGUAACACCACGUUGACUUGGAUUUCAGUUUACUGGGGUAACGGCGAAGGGAUAGGAGUCAUUGAUUUAAACAGAACCUCAGCUCCAACAACAACGACAAUAACCCCACCUCCGACACUUACUAUUUAUACCGCUGAGAAAACUGCUCCCUACGGCGUAGGGUUCCAGCUGGAGCAAGCGGAGCAAACAAAAGGCGGGUUCGAAUUUGAGCUGCAAACCACGCAGCCGAUACAGGCCGAAGAACCCUACAAGGCGCACGUCUAUCUUCAUACUGCACACACAAUACUAAAUUCUAAUUCUCGAUACGUGAGGAUCACCAUUGACGACACGAUCAAACAAGUUGAUAUAACGGAAAGAGAAGAAGGAUAUGAGACCACGAUGCACGUUCGGGAAACCAAGCAGCUAGAAACAGCGCUGUUACUUACCAACCAGUCCUUCACUAGAUUCUGGGUGAAAUGGGAAGACAAUAUUAUCACCCUAGGCCAAGAGAGUACAGUAAUUAUUUACACGAAUGUAUCUAGCCCCGACUUCAAACCAGUAACAGGAUAUUGUUAUGCUAAGUGGGCAAAUUGGCGGAUAUUUAAUGGAGCCCGACAACUGCGAAGUCGGGAACAAGUGAGUGGCGGCGCCGCGGGCGGGCUCUCGGGCAGCGCUGCCGAAGAUGGAGCCUUUAAAAGUGGAGGUCGAAAACACCACUACGAUGAAAUACCUGGCACACAUUCAACUACGUCAGGCUAUGUCAUUGUUGAGUCCCAUUACAAAUUCUUCAUGGCCCAAAGCGAACCCAUCCAGUUCGGAGUGCUCCUGGAAGGAGGGAUGUACCGGGAGUUCUUUGUUCUGCUGACUACGGUGGACGUGGUCUCGCAGCCGAAUAUAUUGAUACAUAUAGGAGCCUAUGAGGGCAGUACUUGUUUAAUUAGCAAAAACUACGAAGUAGUAAAGGAAGUCGGUUGUAAGCUGGAUUGGAAAAUAAACCGUUAUCUUAUGUUUUGGAUAUGGCAUAAUAACGGUGAGAUAUCAGUUGUAUCAGGAUACGAGACUCCGGAUCAAUAUGACCCCAUCGUGACCUGGACGGAUCCUUCCCCUGAUGUCUAUCAUUUCUAUGGUCUUCGGACAAUUAUCGGAGAAACAAUACCCAUGUUCAUAGCAGGCGACACUCAAUACUAGUAAUUUUGGUGUGAAAUAAUUAAGUUCAUUACGUAUUAUAAAUUCAUAUCCAAUUUUUGUAAAGUGGUUAUUAUAUUUUAGGAGUAUUACUGCCCAGUUACAAAUGUUAAGUUUAACAAGAGUCAUAAUGCUUAAGUAACUGUUGAUGUGGCUAUUAUAUUUUGGGAGUAUUACUGCCCAGUUACAAAUGUUAAGUUUAACAACGUUAAGUUUCCAAAGGAUUCUAUACUUUUCUACUAGAUAUCUCCUCUCUUGUCAUAUUAUUAGCGGCAAAUUAAAUAAAUAUUUGAAUAUUAUUUUAA